GUAAGAGGACACUGGAGGGUCUAGAGAACAUCUGGAGAACAUCUGGACCACAGAGCAGCCGAUCAGCUCUUCUAAAACUCAUUAUUAAUCAACCAAUCAGAGAGAAGCAGCAGAGAGGAGGAGGGUCAUUCGGUGAUUGACAGCUGAUAAACGACUGAGCGACAGGUCCAUUGAUUGGAGGAUGUUGAUGUGGAGGAGCUUGCUGUGUGUGUCUCUGGUCUGUGGUCUGACCCUGGACCAGAACUCCAUCAGGUCCUCCAAGGAGACCACGCAGCUCCUGGGGGAGCGUCCCGUGGGGCGGCGGCGGACAGAGACAACCUUCAAUCCCAACAGAAGACAGACAGCUCGCUGCUCGACAGAGGACUGCUACGGAGCCCCGGUGGGAGGCUGCAGUAACAGAGCUCAGAGGAGACCGUCCCCACAGGACAGACAGGUGGACAGAGAGACAGACAGAGACAUCCACACAGACAGCUUCAACAGAACCAAAGCUGAGGAGAUGGCGGGCUGCGUGCGCUCCGGGGACUGCGCCGCCGGGCUGUGCUGCGUGCGCUACCUCACCGGGAGGCGGUGCCAGAGGAUCCCGGUGGAGGGCGAGGCCUGUUUGCUCAAAGGCUCGGGCAAACUGAGGAGGAAGCUGGGCCGCUGCGACUGCGGCGCGGGAUUAUUCUGCGGCGCCGCCAGCCGGGCGGAGUCGGGCAGGGCGAAGGGCCAGGGCGUGUGCAAGCCCCGCCCCCCCGGGCAGGGCCACAGGAACACAAGGCAUUCUGGGAAGAAAAGGAGGACGGCCUGCUGAAGCAUUCCUUAUGAAC